CGAACCACUCAAACGAAUAGUUGUUGCUUGCUGCCUCUUAUCUUGCUGAGCUGUGUGCAGAAAUAUCUGCUGCCGUUGUGAAAUGUUAACACUCGAUUUGUUAUUCGUGUAAUCAUGACCGCUUUUGAAGAAUUUGGUGUUAUGCCGGAGCUUGGUAAAGCUAUCGAGGAACAGGAAUGGGUACUACCGACGGAUGUCCAAGCAGAAGCGAUUCCACUUAUUUUGGGUGGUGGUGAUGUGCUGAUGGCCGCCGAAACGGGAAGUGGCAAAACGGGGGCUUUUUGUUUGCCGAUUCUGCAAAUUGUGUGGGAAACUUUGAGAGACAUCAAAGAUGGGCGCUUGAAAGUCGAGGAGAUCAAGGAGGAAGUUGUUAAAGUUCCUUGGACUAUGUGUUUAGUAGAUCGCGAUGAGGCCUUAGCUGUUACGCCCGAUGGAUUGCGAUGUCAAUCGCGGGAUUUGAAUCGAUGGCAAGGAUGUCGUGCCACAACUGGAGUAAAGGGUCAAGGCAAGUUCUACUACGAGGCUACGGUUACUGACGAAGGUUUGUGUCGAAUUGGUUGGUCGAUGGGAAAAGCGAAGCUGAAUCUUGGCACAGAUAAGUGUGGGUUUGGGUACGGUGGAACUGGAAAAAAGUCUCAUGGUAAUACCUUCUCGGACUAUGGAGAGUCUUUUGGUCAGAACGAUGUAAUCGGCUGUUUGUUGGAUUUAGAAAACGGUGAAAUCAGUUUUACCAAAAACGGAAAUGCGCUAGGUACGGCAUUCAAGUUCGAUGUCAAUAAUUUGCAAGGCGAUUUUUACCCUGCUGUGGUGCUUAAAAAUGCCGAAAUUGCAUUUAAUUUUGGUUCAACUGAGUUUAAGUAUCUAAUUCCUGAGGGUUUUAGCGCUAUCAAUGCAGCUCAACCUGAUGAUGUAGCAAUCAACCUGAACAUAAAUAGAGCUGCAGCUCCUAAGACAUUGGAAGCGAAACCAAAUGCACCUCAAGCGAUUAUUAUCGAACCUUCACGAGAACUGGCAGAGCAAACAGUUCAACAAAUUCGAUUGUUCAAAAAACAUUUAAAUGAACCAGAAAUACGGGAGCUGUUGUUGGUUGGCGGUGGUCACACUAAGGAUCAAAUUGAAACGCUCAAACGAGGCGUUGAUAUAAUAGUGUCCACACCGGGCCGAUUGGAAUCCUUUUUGGACAAUCAAAGCAUCUUGCUGACCAGUUGUCGGUUCUUAGUGUUGGACGAAGCUGAUGAACUGGUGAAUCCUCACAAACAAAAUUGCACCGCGAUGAUCGAAAAACUGCAUAAGCAGAUUCCCAAAACCACUGCUGAUGGCCAACGUCUGCAGAUGGUAGUUUGCAGUGCCACACUUCAUUCGCCUGGAGUUGCCAAGCUUGCUGAAACGCUUAUGAACCAUCCAACGUGGGUCGAUUUGAAAGGUGAAGACUCUGUGCCGGAUACUGUACACCAUGUAGCUUGUAUCAUAGAUCCACGAGACGAUAUCUCGUGGCAAUCACUUACAAAUAAAAUCAAAACCGACGGAGUUCAUCCGGAAAGUGAAAUCACUUUACAAACUUCGGAGUCAUUCAGCCCCGAAAUCCUCUCCCAAGCGGUUAAACUCCUCAAAGCUGAAUACACCGUUCGAGCUAUCAACGAACACCGAAUGCCGAGGGCAAUCAUCUUUUGUCGUACCAAGCUGGACUGCGACAAUAUGGAACGGUUCUUGAACGGGUUUGACGAAAAUCGGUAUUCGUGUGCCUGUCUGCAUGCCGAUCGAACUCCCGAGGAACGGAAGCUCAAUCUGGAAAGGUUCAGGAAACAGGAGAUUAAAUUUUUGAUUUGCACCGAUGUCGCCGCUCGAGGCAUCGACGUGUCAGGUCUCCCUUUUAUCAUCAACGUGACGAUGCCGGACGACAAGAGCAACUACGUGCACCGAAUUGGCAGGGUAGGUCGAUCGGAGCGAAUGGGUUUAGCCAUUUCGCUAGUAUCGAGUGUACCGGAAAAGGUGUGGUACCACAAGUGCCCCUCGCGUGGCAAAAAUUGCUCCAACACCGACUCGCUCGAAACUGGCGGGUGCUGCAUAUGGUACAACGAGAUGGCAUGUCUGGGGGAAGUCGAAGAGCAUUUGGUGAUUACUGUCCAGCAGAUAGGUCGCGAUCUAAAGGUCCCAAUGAAUGAGUUUGAUGGCAAGGUCACCUAUGGGGAGAGACGAAGGAAAGUUGGUUCCGGUUACCAGGACCACGUGUUGGAACUUGAACCGGUGGUAAAACAGCUUGCUGCUCUGGAAAAGGAAGCACAGCUUGUAUACCUUAGAAGAUUUAUGAACGACACGCAGCCACUUGAGCAGCGGCUUAAAGAUGUGCAGUGUGUAUGAUAAAUGAAAAUGGUUAAAAAAUUUGAUUCCUCUGCACAUGGAUGGAAUAGACUAUACGGGAUUAGCCCAUUUUUGUAUUAUCAAUGCUAGUAAACUCUUUAUAUGCUGUGAUGAUUUAUCAAAGAACCACCUUUUUAAAACUUUAUCAGUAGAGAUUAUUGAACGUAUUGUUUAAUGCCAUUGUAGAUUGGAUUAACCAUAAAAGUUUUUUCAGUUAUUUUUCUCCAGCUCCCAAAAGUUUUAUUCGAGAGCCAUCCUUUAUUUGAACCUCCUUAUUGCAUAUUAAAUGUUAAACAAUAUUUAUUAUUGUUUUUCGAAACGAUUCAGAGAUUUUUCAAGAUUUUCAAGAAUCAAUAUCGUUUUGUAAAAUUAUGCCGGAAAAUAAUGCUAAUGAAAGUUGUCUAAAUGUUAAAAAAUGAUUAAGCAAAAAGAAUCGGAAUUAAACUAUACGUAAGAAUGUUUCAUUUUUAACAUGUAAUUUGUUUCUGUGUUCUGGGUGGUAAACAAAAAAAAGCGACAACCAGGAAAAAUAAUAGAAAGAAAAAUAUUUUGUUGGUAAACAAAGUGAACCACUUCAAAAAGUCUGUACCAACACGUGAAAAGGAUGUAUCUCCAUAUAUGGCGAAUCGAGAAAAACGCGUUUGAAGAAAAUACAACCUAUUUUAAAUCGCUAAUUAAAAAUCACUUGAAAUGUUUGCAUUUUAUGAAAGUCAAACGAUGUUUAGAAGCAUCCCCUAUAUGUUAGAAUAGAGGAAUAUCAAUUUUUAUGAAAAAACAACGCGCUAUCGUAGAUAGAACCUAGCUCACGUAUUAUUUUGUCUCCCGUGUUUAUACACCCUUUGCUAUUUUCUCAUUUCUAGCUUUAGUUUUAAGCUCGCGUUCAUUUGUAACUAUGUUUUUAUGUUGAAUAAAGUGUCAAAUCUUUACCAACAUAUAAAAAGCAUCUAUCUCCAUAUAUGGCGUAUCAAGAAAAAUGCGUUUAAAAAAAUACAACCUAUUUUAAAUCCCUAAUUAAAAUCACUUCAAAUUUUUGGUUUUUAUGAUAGACAAACGAUUUUUAAGAAGCAUCCCAUGUUAGAAUAAAGGAAUAUCAAUUUUCAUGGAAAAACAACGCACUAUCGUAGAU